GGUGAAAACCACUUCUUUCUUGGUUCAUAAGCCGCUCGCCGCCAUGCUGAAAAGGUUAAAGUUCAUCUCAUCUCGGCAACUCGUGUAUCAAAAUGUUCUACGAGUUGCCCAGUGGAAAACACCACAAGAGGGGGCGUUCAUGUGUGCUUUCCAUGUCGGCGUUUGGUAUUUACCAUAAUUCCCACAGCACAUGAACGCACCAUCAUUCUCCAUCCAUACUGUCUGAAACACAACGCUGCGGCUCUGAGGGACUUCUCACAGGAUGGUAUUUCUUGGGCUGAAUCCCAAAUACGUCAGUACUCGAUGUAAACGUGCACUACAUGUGGAAGGAAACGGGCUUACGUAGUGCACUCCGCGUCCAACAGGAAGCCAUUUGGACUUCGGCCUGAUAGAGGACUGAAAUUUCCCAUCAGGCUGUGUGGGAGCUGUGUUUAUAGCUAUUGGUUCAGCCGAGGCAGCUGACAGAGAGGCGCUGAGAGCGGUGUAAUGUCUUCUUUUGUUAAUUUGUCCAACUUUUCCCUGAUGUAAUGAGUGAUGUUCGAGCGGACAGACACGGAGUGAUGGAGUGCAUCCGGUUACAUCUCUCACAGCGCUUCUAAUCAGCUGUAGACUGCAGUGCCUGCCCUCACCCUCACUGCAGGACCAUGACAACGGCGUCGCUAACCGGAACCGUCACCGCGCAGCAAAUCCGAGAGCGGCUGCUUCAGGCCACGGACGCUCACAGCAAUAUCAGCAAUAUGGUGGCUGUAUUGGAUGUGAUCUCCAUCCUGGAGAAGUACCCCAUCACAAAGGAAGCACUUGAGGAAACCCGCCUUGGAAAGUUGAUCAAUGACUUGAGGAAGAAGACCAGAGAUGAGGAUCUGGCAAAGCGUGCAAAGAAACUCCUGCGCAACUGGCAGAAGCUGAUUGACCCGCAACAACCCGAAGUACUGCCAAAGGAACUUUCAAGCACUUUAAGCUGUGUCGUGGGAUCCAACUGGUCUCAGUCAUUGCCUGUUUCGAGAGCUCCUCAAACUGCAGCUGAUAAUGACAAGAAGACUGUUUUACAAAGCGUUCACUCUUCAAGCACUGAAACGUUCUACCCUAAGCAUAAAGCGGACAAGAACUUUCCGACAUUAAAGGGGACAAAAAGAUCUGCACUGCCACCAGCCAGUGCAAGCAGUGGUGGUCCAGAAGAUCUUCAGAUACACACCAGUGCCAUCAAACCUCACUUUAGUUCUCCUGAACUCAGUAAAGAACCCACUGCGUCUACAGUUCUCAGAAAAUCAGUAUUGCAGCAGCAGGGACAAAGGGACAUAACUGCUGUUGAGAAAGUAAAGCACAAAGUCCACAGUCACUACGUCAACCCAAGUCCUAGAUCAGUAAAACAGUUGGUACCGAGCAAGCAGCCAACAUCGUUUUCUGCCACUGAUCCUGAGCCUCUUUCUGCACUGCCGUUACAUUCUACCAUCCAGGGUACGCACACGGAGUGUCCUCAGUCAAAAGACCCGUCACACCUGGAGAUCGAAUCGCUCCUAAACAGCGAGAGGGCGAUUGAACAAACGAAUAACCUACAAAAGUCGAAAGGGUUAGCACGGCUUCAGCCAGGUUUACUCAGUGAGGUUACCAAUACGGAAACGGAGAAAGAUCACAAACCCUCAGACGGCAAGAGGAGGAAGCCUCAGUUGAAAGACUACACCAUCAACGUGGAAGGACGUUCAUCAGAUGACGCGUGUAAACCUGCUCGAGUAAAAAAUCGCAAAUUAACUUUUGACCCCAUCACGCAACAAAUUAGACCUUCAGCAGGGAAUCAGAGUGAGGAGCAGAACAACCCAGUGGCGGAUGUUAAUGAGCCAGUGAACCUGAAGCAAAGUCCUUCUGCAUCUUCACCCAGCGCUUUGCACAAGAUGAACUGGAAAGAUAUGUCGCAAAAUGAAAUUGUCAAAUAUUACCUGAACUUCCAAAACAAUUUGUUAAAAACGUCCGGAAGUCAAGUCCAAGGGGCGCACUUUUUUAUGACCGAGUACUUGAAAUGUGAGGAAGACAACAUGAGGGAGGCCAGCAAAACCUAUGUACAGGUACCAAAUGUUUCAGAGACUAAUUUGCCCGGGAUAGACCGAGACGUCACGACAGAGGACGUCCACAAAAUAAACAAUAAGCACUGGCCCGGAGUUAACGGCUGUUACGAUAGCAAUGGCCACUGGUACGGCUGGACCGAAUGCAUAUCUUUAGACACGUAUGGAGAUGGAAGUAAACUUAAUAUUCUGCCGUACGUCUGCAUUGACUAAAAACGGUUCUAUAAAUAAAAUCGUGUCUCUGGAUCUCACAUGGUCUUUAUGCGUGUUCCAGAUAUGUGUUUGGUUAAUAAGUGCUUUAUUAUAUUUUGUAUCUAUUUAUAACAGUUUUUUUUGGAUAAGAGGAAAUUAAGUAAAAUAAAAAUGC